AUGAACUUCAUCCCUGAAUUUCUUUCCCUGAAUGCAAAUGCUUCAUCCCAAUUUCUUUCUGAAUGCAAUUUCUUUCUGAAUGGAGCUUCAUCCCUGAAUUUCUUUCUGAAUGCAACUUCAUCCCUGAAUUUCUUUCUGAAUAGAACUUCAUCCCAAAAUUUCUUUCUGAAUGCAACUUCAUCCCUGAAUUUCUUUCUGAAUGGAGCUUCAUACCUGAAUUUCUUUCUGAAUAGAACUUCAUCCCUAUAUUUCUUUCUGAAUAGAACUUCAUCCCUGAUAUUCUUUCUGAAUAGAACUUCAUUCCUAAAUUUCUUUCUGAAUGCAACUUCAUCCCUGAAUUUCUUUCCGAAUGGAGCUUCAUCCCUGAAUUUCUUUCUGAAUGCAACUUUAUCCCUGAAUUUCUUUAUGAAUGCAACUUCAUCCCUGAAUUUCUUUAUGAAUAGAACUUCAUCCCUGAUUUUCUUUCUGAAUAGAACUUCAUCACUGAUUUUCUUUCUGAAUAGAACUUCAUUCCUAAAUUUCUUUCUGAAUGCAACUUCAUCCCUGAAUUUCUUUCUGAAUGCAACUUCAUCCCUGAAUUUCUUUCUGAAUGGAGCUUCAUCCCUGAAUUUCUUUCUGAAUGCAACUUCAUCCCUGAAUUUCUUUCUGAAUGGAGCUUCAUCCCUGAAUUUCUUUCUGAAUGCAACUUCAUCCCUGAAUUUCUUUCUGAGUAGAACUUCAUCCCUGAUUUUCUUUCUGAAUAGAACUUCAUCCCAAAAUUUCUUUCUGAAUGCAACUUCAUCCCUGAAUUUCUUUCUGAAUGGAGCUUCAUCCCUGAAUUUCUUUCUGAAUGCAACUUCAUCCCUGAAUUUCUUUCUGAAUAGAACUUCAUCCCAAAAUUUCUUUCUGAAUGCAACUUCAUCCCUGAAUUUCUUUCUGAAUGGAGCUUCAUCCCUGAAUUUCUUUCUGAAUGGAGCUUCAUCCCUGAAUUUCUUUCUGAAUAGAACUUCAUCCCUGAAUUUCAUUCUGAAUGCAAUUUCAUCCCUGAAUUUCUUUAUGAAUAGAACUUCAUCCCUAAAUUUCUUUAUGAAUGCAACUUCAUCCCUGAAUUUCUUUCUGAAUGCAACUUCAUCCCAGAAUUUCUUUCUGAAUGGAGCUUCAUCCCUGAAUUUCUUUCUGAAUGCAACUUCAUCCCUGAAUUUCUUUCUGAAUAGAACUUCAUCCCUGAUUUUCUUUCUGAAUAGAACUUCAUCCCUGAAUUUCUUUCUGAAUAGAAUCAUCCCUAAAUUUCUUUCUGAAUGCAACUUCAUCCCUGAAUUUCUUUCUGAAUGGAGCUUCAUCCCUGAAUUUCUUUCUGAAUAG